AUGGGUUUGAAAAUGGCUGAAUUCCAACACUUUCCAGUAGCCGACCACGAUUACUUUGCAAGGCCCGACCCUGUGUCUGCUCCUAGCCUCCCGAAAACCGACCCCGACUUCAUUCCAUAUUGGGCUCGCUGUCGCGUGCAGUGCGCUCAGAACCUUUUGGACUCCUCCGACGAGCCGAUCGAAUACGACGAGAACGACGCGGAUUACAGUGACAAUUGCUUCUUCUUUCCGGAGGAUUGCUCGUGGACUCCACCCAAGGACUGGUCCGUAGAAGCGCAUUGCAAACAAUCCAAGGAAAUCCCGACCAUUCAACUACAAUUACCUACUCCUGCCCCACAAUACGAACCCGACAUCAUGAUUCCGGGACUCCCUGAUAUCAAAAUGCUGGACUCAGAGGCGCUGGGUGACCUUCUAGAGGACAACCUCUCUCCGCCAGAGAUCACAACCAUCCUCGUAUUCGCAACCAACGGCGCAGUCUUCGCCUACGGCUCCACCUUGACCUCCCGCCAACUCCGCAACCUCAGCGCAACGUACGGCGCCGCCUACACAUGCUACGCCAAAACCGCCUCAAGCGGCAACCUUACUGGCGACGUAGGCUCCAUAGUCUUCGAACUCGACGACUCAGUCGCAGUAGUAACCCGUAUCGCGGACAGAGUGCUGCUCGCAGCCGUGGGUCCCUCCAAAACCACAGCGAAUCGCGACGAGCGUGACGACGCAAAUGGGAAUGGGAAUGGGAAUGGCGCCAUGUCAGAUGGGUCGGGAGACGGUCUACGCACGCCGACGAAUCAGAACCCAAGCUCGGCGAAUGGGCUUGAUGCCCAACAUGAGAUUGAUCGGAGUGCGGAUUUGGAGAGGUUGAAGAGUUUGAAUUUAUCAGCCGAGCCAGCUGUUUUGCUUGCGCUGGAAUCGAAGUGUGCGGCGUUGGGGAGAUUCCUUGGGCAAAAAUUAAGUGAUUUGGAGAGCCCGGAGGACUUUUGA